AUGCCGUCGCCGGUGGUGUUCCCCAACGCGGCCGGCCAUGGCAACGACGAUGGCGGCGAGAGGCACGAAGAAGAAGAGGAAGAGGAAACAACCCACCACCACCACCACGACGACGACGACGGGAGAGAGGAGAGCAGCACCUCCCAGCAGCCGCUGCCGCUGCCGCUGCUGCUGCCCCAGCCUCCAGCGUCACGUGGCGAGGCCCCCCUCUCCCUCGGCACUGCGGCAGCGACGGCGGCAGCGGCAGCCGCGGCCGCGGUGACUCGAGCAGUCCCCGCCAGCGCGAAUGCGGCCACGCGCGAGGACCAGCAGCAGCAGCAGCAGGCCAGGCCGCAGGAGCGCAAGUUGACGCAAGGCGGCCUCAUCGAGGUGAGCGGGGGCCGGCCCACGUUCUCCUCAGGCACAGCGCCGGCCCAGGACCUCGCCAUCAUGGACCGAGUCAAGCGCGCCAUCGAAGAGGCGUCGGUGCGAGGGGCCUCGUCCCUCUCGCUCGAAGAGCUGGGCAUCGUCAACCUGCCCUCGGACAUUGCGGCCCUGUCGGGGAGCCUGGAGGAGCUCAACCUCGAGCGUAAUGCGCUCACGUCGCUGCCUGCUGAGGUGGGCCGUCUCGGUCUGCUCGAUAGCCUGCAGCUGUACAGUAACCAAUUGACAAGUCUGCCGCCUGAGAUGGGGCAGCUCCACAACCUCACGCGCCUCUUCCUCAACAAGAACCACCUCACCUCCCUCCCUCCCGAGAUCGUCAAGCUCCAGAGUCUGGUGUGGCUCUCGCUGGACCACAACAAGUUCACGGCUCUCCCCAAGGAAAUCGGUUCGCUGCGGGCGUUGGCGUGGCUCUCCGUGGAGGAUAACCACCUGAGCACGCUGCCCACGGAACUGAGCCAGCUCAGCAACCUGGAGUACCUCUCCAUCUACAACAACAUGCAGAUCACCGCGCUCCCGCUCUGUAUGUUCAGCUUCAAGUCACUGCGCUGUUUCCGCGCCAACCAGUUCUUCCAAGUCCCCAAGGAGCUGCUCACCGGGGGCACAUCGGUGCUGAUCCAGCACUACCUGCUGGAGCUCGGCCGACUCGAGGCCCAGUGCGACCCCGCCUCCACCACCGCCCACUGGGUGCCCGACGACACGGUCGACUCCAAGUGCACGUUCAAGCGGCUGCCCAUCCCCCAGCUCUACUUCAGCUCGCCAGUGCGCGUGUGCGAGGCCUGCUUCGACCUCCUCUCCGCCUCCGCCUCCGCCUCCUACUUGCCCGCUGCUGGCGCCGUCUCGCCCCCGUCGUCGUGGAGCUCGUCGUCGUCCUCCAUUAUAGUCUCUUCGCGCGGGGCCACCUGA